GGGGCGUAUGGAAGGCGGGAGUUUGAAGCCGAGGGACCGCAGGAGAAGCUGAUACUAGCACAAAACGGCAAAGUCCAUUGUCAAGCCCUGAGAAUAAACUUGAGCAUGGUAAUCAGAACAGAAUCCCAGUGGCCACAACUUCCCUACAAAGCCGCAAACACACAAAGCAGGACCCUCAGAAUCCAAAGGCAGGAGACAUCCCGACCCGGAGAAGCCAGAAAGGGGCCUCAGCACAGGCUUUUACGCCGCUAAAUUCCCAGGGAGUUGGCUCGGUGGCCUCCACGCUCCGAGAGACGCCUUUAUCCUGUAAAGUGUGUCUGUGCUUCUGUACUGCUUGGCUCCCGCAGUGGUCCCGCGUGGCGGUCGGCGAUCCCACCAGCCACACCUUGACCGCAGCCGCAGCCAGCGCGGCGAGAAUGAGCACCCAAGCCUCGGACCUCGGGGGGGGCGGGGCUUGCGCGGAGGCCCCACCCCGCCGUCCCCAUUGGCUGAGGCUGCCCGGGGCCGGGGUCAGCGCGCACCAGUCCGAGACCCCGCAGCUCCGCCCCAACACUGAUCCAUGCGGAGGAGAAGCACCCGUGGGUGAGGAGCGAGCUUCUGUGCCCGGGAAGCCUCCUCGCGGGCCAUGGGGGGACAGGUGAGGUUGCCGCCCGGAGAGCCCUGCCGAGAAGGCUACGUGCUGUCUCUGAUCUGUCCGAAUGCCUCCCAGGCUUGGUGUGAGAUCAUACGUGUGUCACAGCUGUUGGCUUCUCCUGUCCUCCACAGGGACCUGAAUUCCAGCAUAACCAACUGGAGCAUUUCUGCAAAUGCAGAGAACAAAUACAGUCUUUAUGUAGGCCUGGUACUGGCAAUAAGUUCCAGUAUUUUUAUUGGCUCCAGUUUCAUCUUGAAAAAAAAGGGCCUCUUACAACUGGCCAGCAAGGGCGUUACUAGAGCUGGACAAGGUGGAUAUUCUUACCUCAAGGAAUGGCUCUGGUGGGCAGGAUUACUCUCAAUGGGAGCAGGCGAGGCUGCGAAUUUUGCAGCUUAUGCUUUUGCACCUGCCACCUUGGUCACCCCACUGGGCGCUCUGAGUGUUCUCAUAAGUGCACUGUUGUCUUCCUAUUUUUUAAAUGAGCACUUGAACAUUCAUGGGAAAAUAGGCUGCAUAUUAAGUAUAUUGGGAUCAACUGUGAUGGUUAUCCAUGCCCCACAAGAAGAGGAAGUCGCUUCUCUGCAUGAAAUGGAAAUGAAAUUGAGAGACCCAGGAUUUAUCUCCUUUGCUGUGAUCAUAACUGUGAUCUCCUUGGUGCUGAUUUUGAUUGUAGCUCCCAAGAAAGGACAGACCAAUAUAUUGGUCUACAUUUCAAUCUGUUCAUUGAUUGGAGCAUUUUCAGUUUCUUCUGUCAAGGGCCUGGGAAUUGCCAUUAAGGAACUACUGGAAUGGAAGCCCAUUUAUAAGCAUCCCCUGGUCUUUGUUUUGCUGGCUGUACUCGUGCUUUCAGUGACAACACAGAUUAACUAUCUCAACAAGGCACUGGACACCUUUAAUACAUCUCUUGUGACUCCCAUUUAUUAUGUGUUCUUCACGUCCAUGGUAGUAACUUGCUCCGCCAUCUUAUUCCAAGAAUGGUAUGGCAUGAAUGCUGGAGAUAUCAUCGGGACUUUGAGUGGGUUCUUCACCAUUAUCAAUGGCAUCUUCCUUCUACAUGCUUUUAAAAACACUGACAUUACCUGGAGUGAUCUGACAUCCACUACUCAGAAAGAAGUCCUCUCUCCGAAUGGUAAUGAAGACAAAUACGUCUUACUAGAGAAUGUAGAAUGUUCAGCCCCAGGAUUUGAUGAUGACAUUACCUUGUUUAGCAGGACUGAUGAUCAAAGUCCCUAGAAACCCUGAACUUUAACCGCUAAGAGACACUUGGAGAGGAGAAGGAAUACCUGAUUCUUGGAACAACUAUUAGGAAAGCUGGCAUUUUUAAAGUUCUAACUAAUAAUUUAGACAUGAGCCCAAAUAAAAAAGCCUUUACUUUUGGCCAUCAAACUUGAAAAUCAAAGUUUUGAUCCUCCUCCAGAAGGCUUCUGCUGUUUUUCAUUUCUGCAAACUUGAAAUAUUCCCUAAGCAUGAAAGAAGUCAAAGAGUUAGAUAACUCAGAAUAAUCUCUUUCUUCUGGUCACAAUAUGUUUGGCUCUGCCAGGUGGCUCUUCAUUUCUUUGGCUGCUAUUCUUAGUCUCUCAGUAAUUCAUAGGUAAACACAACUGUGUGCUGGUAAGCAGAAUAUCAGUCACCAUUCUCUAAUGAGUCAUAGUUUCAAAUUAUUAAAACUGAGAAGCGAGAUCACUGAUGCCUCCCACCUUCUACAACUUCCUUCUUUCUAAACUAGGUAGCUAAAGGGUAGAGUGUUUAAGAAAAAAAUAGACAUGUUGGAAAUCUGCUGCUUGGUGGGCUAGAAUGUGUAAGACACACAUGCCCAUGAAGGGCUUAUAAAUUGUAACUUAUUGAGGAGUUUGAGGAGAAUAGGAAGGCGAGUUAACUUCUUAGAAAACUCAGGGAAUACUACAGGAAAAUACCUUUUCAUAUUAAAGCCUACAUAAAAUUUUUCUAUCUCACUCCAGGUGCAUGGCAGGAGUAACAUUUUUGGUGGUCUCUACCGUUUAUGGAUAGAUUAAUCCAUUAAUCUUUUCUCAUUGAUUUAAUGGAAAAGAAAUUAGCUAUCUUAUUUCUAGACUAACUUAUUUCUCGCAAAAAAAAAUCCUAACCAAAAAAUUAUGACAUUAAAAACAAACAAAAACUCUUCAGGUUGACUGGAUUAUUCUCUUCUAAUGUCAAAUGUUAUUAGUUUUGUUUGUUUGUUUGUAAUCUACCUCAAGUCUAUUCUGGGUAAUAAUAGUAGAUUCUUUUCUUCAGAAUUCUAUUAAAGUGACUUUAGCAUUUCUCCAGUUCGGUUGAACUGUGAUUGAUUUUCACGGUGAUGACCUGAGAUGACUGCAAAGCCCUAAAGUGCUGGCACAGUCUCUUCGGCAUAGUUUAGUGUUGAGUGCAAUUCAGUGCAUUCUAAACUUUUGAAAAUUGAUAAUCCGUGGAAGAUUCAUGGUUGAUACCUCAGGUCAAAUGUAUGUUUACUGUGUUGAUUGCUGUUUCACCUUAAUUGUAUAUCAGAUAUAUAAGCUAUGAACACAAGUUUGUAGAAAAAGUAUUCUCUUAAAAAGUAGUGUCUGAAAGUUGUAGAAAUUCUUUUAAGUUUCUCUUUUUCCGUUGAAAACUCUGUUGAUUUCUCCAGGACACCUUCUUGGUGAGGAAAUUAAUAGCAUCCAACCUGAGGUUGGGGUAGUCCUCCACUCGACUGUAUCUUAGUGUCAGAUAUUUCUUCAACGUCACCUGUUACAAAGCUUUGCCCUUGGUAUAUUGUGCCCAGGUUAGAGGUUCUUGGAACACAAGAACCCAUGUGUACCCUGGGUUGGAAAAUGAACUGGUAUUGACACAUAUGCCCAGGAGAAAGUCUGAGAAAGAUCUAAUGAGCUGAAAUAUGUUGAGAAACAAUGAAACAUUUGAAAAACUCUAAAAAUCUCUGGUGGGCAUAUGCAUUGAAAAACUAAAAUGUUGCAAAUCCGAAACCCAGAGUACUUUUUCCCAAAUAGGAAGAUGUUGUCUAAGGAGGAAUAAAAUGCUGGAUCCCUGUAUUGAGACUAACUGUGUUAGUCUUAACUGGUAGUCUCAUAUGUGUAUAUUUUAAUAUGUAUACUUUAUCUCACAUAGAUACCUUAAGAUUUAUUAUGUGAAUAUCUGUACACAUGUCAUUAAGGAUCACAAAGCUAUCCUCACACAGCCAAAUGGAAAGCUCGUCCUAAUUCUAUAAACAUAAUAGUUUCAUUUUAUUUUCCAACUUACAGUUUUAUUCUUAGGUCAAUGGUUAAUGAUUUUAUUUUUAGUUCAGAUUUCAGAAUGUUCAUAAAACCCUCUAGAUUUGGAAACAUGCAAUUAAAUUAACAUUUUUGUUUUAAGAGUAUGAAAUCAAAUACAUAUAUGUGGAAAGCACCCACAUCAUGCCUGAUAUUGAGGCAUUUAAUACAAUUUAGUUUUCUUUGAAUCAACAUUUUAAUUCUCAUAGUCUCAGUACUAUAUAGGUAAGGACCAUUAGUUGCCAGUUUUCCUACAUUCUUUUUCUUUUUUCAAUUUGUGUUACCUUAGCUCAUUUUUAAUAAUCCAAGUGAAAAUGAAUUCCAUUAGUAUACUAUCUCAACAAUACAAAAUGAUUCUGACAAAAAUAUUUUAUUUUUCCUAAUAAAACCAAACUAAAUGCAAUCUUCACAUUCCAACAAAACUUUGUGGAAAAGUACUUUAUAUGAAUAUAUAUGAAAUAUUUUCAAAUGUUUUGAAAAACUAUGAUCAUGAAAUUUUCUAUUUUUCAAAUGUUUAUAAAUACUGUUCAUUUUAGAAAGUUUACAACUUUUAAAUUAAUGUUUCUGUAUGUUUUUCAUUUGCAAUCAAAUAAUGUGGUUUAAUUAUGCUUGUUGGAGUUCAGUUUUGAGUUUCUUGAAGUUAAGUUUGUGUAAAGGCAAAAAUACCCCUUGAAAUCAAAAAGAAAAUUCUGAGGUUUAAAAAAAAAUCUGCACUUUGUUUAAUGCUUUGUCA